ACAGAGCUUGGUAGAAUUACGUCGGAGGGCUCCUCCGCACAUAAGGCAAACCUCAGGCAAAAUGGAUGCUUCCGCGAAACAGGGCGGAGUGAUACAACAUGCGCCCGAAACGCAACUUGCCUUGCCCAGCAUCGCUGGCAGCAGUCAGAGGGAACAACGACAAAGAAGUUCGAGGCGCCAGUCGCAAGCUUCCGGUUAUGGAGGUGACGGCAUCGAGGGCGGGGGAAGUGACUCUCCACGCCUCUCUCAAGACUCCGAUGAUGAUUCCGCUGAGUUCUGGGCUGACGAUUCGGUGGUGGCUACCAAAAAGAGGAGCAAGUCGCCGUUCGGAGCGGUCACAGACUGGGUCGACGACUACAGGACCAGAAAGUCGGGUUACGGGCCGCCCUACUACUCGGAGUACGGGGGCGACUUGCCUGGAGAGUGCGACCGGAUGGGGGCAGACCUGAUAGAUGUCGAUGAGCUCCUUCGGAACGGGGCUAACCCCAACCUGGGACGCCGACAAGACCAUGGGCUCACCCCGAUACACUUCGCCGCCAGGUUCGGCAACGUGGACCUGCUCAAGAUGCUGAAGCGGGCCGGGGGUGACCCGGGCAUCACGAACGCGUUGGGCCUCACGCCGCUCUCGUACACGUGCGCGUUCAAGCUCUCUCUGAGCAAGAACGGCGGUGACUCUUGGGAACGCCAGCAGGGGGGCACCCGGCUGAACGGGCUUGGACCCCCGGCACAUCCACGGGGCGGACUAGAAGUGUUCCGCGGGUGCAUCUGGACGAUUCUCGCCCUAUCUCCGGCGACCUACUGCUGCCGUGGUUCCUUCCCUGCUGUGCUACGCGAUCAGGUAGCUGCGAUAAAGUGGCUGCUGGGUCAAGGGGCGAACCCCAACCACGUCGACAAGGCUGGCUACACUCCGCUGGCCUGGGCUUGCCGAAGCGGGUUAUUCCCGGCUGUGGUGGCGCUGGUGGAAGCAGGCGCGGACGUCAUGCAGCGUAGACCGGAGCUCCCUGGAGGAAGUCAAGUACGCCUGCCCAAGGCGGAUCCUCUUGCGGUGACAACCGUCAAGCAGAUUGAGAAAUACUUGCAGAACAAGAUAAACACGAUUCUUUUGAGGGAAGAAGCUCUGCUCCGACGGGAGCGCAAGGUCGACCUCCGCUCUCGGCGGCUGAAGGAGAUCCAGGCAGCCAUCGCCAGGAAGAAGGAGGUUAGGGCGUUCGUCAUACAGGAGAAGCAACGGAUGAAGCAAACGGAGGAGCUGAACCUUGAGCUGAUGAAGGUGGACAAGGCGGAGGAGGCCCGGAAGGCUCGACGAGACUGGCUCCGGCUCAUGAAGGUCUCCCCGGGUAUGUGGGUCAAGGUCGAGGGUGCUGCGUCUGCGGGGACCCCGGGUGUGAGGGCAAGGAAGCCUUGCCCCCGGUGGGUGUUCGACACUAGCACGGCGAUUUCGAAGAGCGAGGCCAAGGCGCACGGCGUGCUAGAAGAGGCCCGACAAGUGGAGGCGUUCAUCAUAAACGGGGGGGAGAAGCAGAAGAUCCUCGCCCCUCGUUGGCGCUCGAUGACUGGCAAGCGGCUGCUGCGACUGGAACACGGGCAGCGGAUGGGGUUGGCGGCAAAGGUGAAGGGCCGGAGACAAGAUCGACAAGGCGACGGGUCCCGUGGCGGCGAUGUUGGUGGUGAUGCCGAGAUCAGCAGCGGUCCCCCCCCUCCGCUGAGCGGGCUCGAGGAGGAAGGGAGCGAUACUUCUAGCAGCAGUGGCGGUAGUGAGGAUGGGAAUUGAACGAGCUUGUUGAUUGGAAGGAGCGAUGAUGUGUAGUGCUGUUUAUCCUUGUUCGUCUUGUUUUUGUUGUUGUUGUUGUUGUUGUUGUUGUUGUUGUUGUUGUUGUUGUUGUUGUCAUACGUUUGAGUCCGCGCAUUUUUUUUCCCUGCAGAUAUGAGGUCGGUUAUGUAGACCUGAGAGUGAGCGAGCCACUUGGAUCAACAUGCACCCCACCUAUGCACCUGCACGUGGAGGAUAAAAGGCAGCAUACAGCAGUAGUGUAACAUUUCACUCGUGUACUCGCGAACGACACACACAACGCAUCUUUCUUCUUCUCCAACACAACGAACGCCCGCCAAUAUUCCCCGCGAAGUCGGCCUGCGGGCAGUGUCGAAGGGCAGCAUACCUAUCGCCGUGUUCGACCGCGAGUGGGGUGGUGGUCUCUGUGUCCAUCCCUGGGCAGAACUACUCUACAUUGAAUUGCUUCACUGCGGCAUGCAUUGUGUAGCGUGGUUCGUGCACACCAUUUUUUUGCCUCGUGAAACUGCUGAAUGAAUCAUUUUCGGGUUAAAAUCGAAGGCAAACACCGCGCGGGGGAGGUAUAUAAGAAAGGAACCAUCCCUGCUGUCCCUGCUGUGUCGAGGAAAGUAUGGUCGGUGAUUUUUUUUUUUUCUCCCUUCACAGAAUUUCCGUCUCUAUAGAGGCGACCAGUGCGCGAAUGUUCUCUGCAUCGACAGCAGCCUUCGUCGCCGCU